CAUCUUUCUAACAUGUCGGUUACAGCAAGAUCCGCAGCGUCGCCCGACCUCGAAAAGUCGCUCGACUCGUCUUGCCCAUCGCCGACAGAAACGGUAGUAGGCGAUAAUCAGCUUGAGAAGGACAUCUACCCGCCCAGACGCAAGCAGUAUGUCGUGCUGCUUAUUCUGUCGCUCUCAUACUUUAUCGACGUCCUCUCGGCUUCCGCGUUCGCGGUCUUCGCUGCGCCGAUCACAACGUCGCUCAACAUCGUCUUCGAGCAGCAGAGCUGGAUCAUUACAUCCUACUCCCUCACCUUCGCGUCCUUCCUCCUCUUCUGGGGCCGCGUUUCGGACCUAUUCUCCGCCUCAGCCGUGUUCACCUACGGCUUCCUAACCUUCGGCGCGCUCUCGCUCGCCAUCAGCUUUCUGACGAACCCGUACGCCUUCUACGCGCUGCGUGCGCUCUCCGGCGUCGCCGGCGCCGCCCUCGUGCCCUCUGCCUACCGCCUCAUCGCAGCGACGUUUCCCGAGGGCCGCGCCCGCGCCCGCGCAUACACCUUCUACGGGAUGACGGGGAGCAUGGCGAACUCGCUCGGCACGGUGCUGGCCGGCGUGGUGGGCCUCAUCGACAAGCCAGGACAGAUGGAGGGCUGGCGCUGGUUCUUCCGCCUGACGGCCGCGCUCGCGUUCCCCGUCGGCGCCGCCGCGCUCGUCCUCAUCCCUCGCGCUCACGCCGCGAAAGAGACGCACCGCCUGCGCCGCCUCGACCUCCCCGGCGUCGCGGUGAUGCUCUCCGCCGUCCUCCUCCUCAUUCUCGCGCUCACGCUCGGCGCGACCUACGGCUGGCACAGCGCGGGCUUCAUCGCGCCGCUCGUGAUCUCGGUCAUCGCCUUCCCCGCCUUCUUCUGGUGGGAAACACGUCUCGACGACGCACACGCCCUCCUCCCCCCCAGCUUGUGGGCCGUGCCAAACUUCGCGGCGUUCCUCGCCUUCGCACUCGUCAUCCUUGGAUGGUGGGCGUCCAACUUCCUCCCCUUCAUCCAGAUGUUCCUCCUCGGCGGCGACAGCAUGGUUCUCGCGUCCGUGCGCACGCUGCCCGAAGGCGCGGCCGCGAUGGCAUGCAGCAUCGCCAUGAUCGUCUUCCCCGGCAUCAUCUCCAGUCCGCGAUGGCCAAUUUGCAUCGCCAUGCUCCUCGCCGCUGGCGCAAACUUGCUGUGGACGUUCGCCCCGGAGGUCGUCGGGAAGGGGUACUGGACCCACGUGUUUCCGGGCAUGCUCUUCGGUUCGGCGGGGAAUCAGGUCGCGCUGAUUGCGACGCUCGUGGGCGUUAUGGCUGCCUGUCCCGCGCAUAUGGCGGGCGUCGUCGGCGGCGCCCUCCAGACCGCCAUGCACACGUCUACCGUCGUCGCGCUCGCCAUCCAGGCUGGCCUGCUUACUACGGCACCCGGCGGCCUGGAGAACUUCACCAACUUCCGCGCAAGCAUGUACUUCGAGCUCGGGUGGGUGUUGCUAUGGCUGCUGGGCUUCAUGGUGUUCUAUCGCCGCGUACGCCCAGCCCCGAAAGACUCGGAGGCAGGAGUGGCAAAUGAGGCGGCACCAGGACGCUGAACUGAAACACAAUGUACUCUUAUAUAACAUAGAAUGUAUAGAACUCAG